AUGGUUCGCGAUCGAAUGCCCUCUCACCACGUGAAGUUUCUCACCGGAGCUCCUGCAGCCGCUUCCCUGGACUGGAGGAAUGAAGGUCUGCUGAACACUUUCUCGUGCGCCUUGCAACGACAUCUGCAUCAAGGUCACUCUGGUCUCCCGUCUACGCCUGGGCCCACUCAACCUGUAGCAAAAUGGAGAUCCAUUCCUCUGGCCACCAAGAGAAUCUUCCGCGAGAGUCCUGUGUUGCAGAAGAAGCCUCCACAGCCCAUUGUCAGCGCACUGCCACGACAGGUCAGCAGCCUUAGACCUGUCCCGGACCGCCAUGAUGAUUACGAUGACUUUUUGGACCACUCAUUCGCCCUGGAAGCAGAUCUGCAAUCAUCUCAGAUUGCUCCGCAGGACCACAGUCUAGACCAGGACGAGGAACAAGCAACAUUCAUGACUGAUGCUUCUGUUGACUCGACUUUCCUGGACGAUUGUAACACGACCUUUCUGUCAACAGAGGCAUCGCUCGUUGAGGAUUCAGGCCCUCGCACAAACGCUCCGCAACGACUCUCUGGUCCGGUCAUAGGCCUCAGUGCAGUGCCCAAAGCUGAAUAUCUUCAUCAUCUCGAACCUCAGACCAUGACUGUAAAUUUACUAGUCGGUAUCAUCAGCGUCGCCCCUGCACGAACAGUAACAACGCGCAAAGGUGGCUAUAAUAUGGACAUCAUUGAGCUCACAGUAGGAGACGAGACCAAAGCAGGCUUCACAAUCAGUUCCUGGCAUUCAGCUGAAGACUCUGGACGUAAGGACGCAGACCAAUCACGCACGAUCCUGCAUUCACUACGCUCGCAAGACAUCGUCCUCAUCGAGCGAGUGGCCUUGAGCUCGUUCAGAGGUGCGGUCUUUGGUCAAUCUCUUAAUCGCAGGGCGACUAAGAAUACAACUACCUUCACAGUCCUGCACAAAGCGCACGAUUAUCGAGUGGACAGCGCACAACACUCCAACAUGAGCCUGGCGAUCGAGAACAAGCUUGAGAGAGUCCGCGAGUGGGUCGCGAGUUUUGUCGGCCCAAGUGCAAAACGCAAGGCGCAGUCUGAGCCUCUGCCUUUGGUUGGACAGAAGUCAAAGAAGAGCAAGAAGAGUGCAAUGAUAGAGGAGUUCUUGCCAGCCGACUCGCAGCCCUGA